AUGGCUCUCGAAGAACUUCUAGCAGAGUUCCGCGACAAGGAGCAAACUACUGAUAUCACAAAAGCCAAUUGGUACAACAUUGCCGCCGCCGCUCUCGCCGCCGCCUCCGCCGGCCACGAGGUCGUGAAGCUCUGCAGAUUCGCGACGAAAGACGUUGACCUCGAGACGCAAAAGCUCGUUCAACGCCGCAUCAAGGAGACCAUCCUCAAGACAAGUUGGCUAUACGGCGGUCCUAAGGCGAUCCUUUCGUUGUUUCCGUUGUUCAAGGAUUUGAAGGAGGAGGAGACUGAUCAUUUUGGCGCUAGAUGGGAGGCUCACCUUCGUAACGACCCCAAUGAGACCGCGGAAGCUGAAGCCCGCGGCAAACUCUUUUUCGAUAAACUGUGGAGUCCGGAAGCGGCGAAGGAGAACUUGGACUUUAACUUCAAGCACUCGCCUCACUUGUACCUGCUAGUCAAACACAAUCUUUACUUUUACGCCAGCGAGCCCAGUAUCCUCUCCUUCAUUGAGACCGAGCUCAUCUACGCUGCAGCUUUGACCUGCUCGAACGUACCCCAACAAGCAGAGUGGCAUACGCGUGGGAUUGUCAGGCAGGGAGGGACGAAGGAACAGGCGAGACAGGUACAGGAGUUGAGUUUGAAGAUGGCAGAGAUGUAUGAUUGUAGAACGGGGAAGAUCACGCCUGUCGAUGAGAUCGAGUGGGAUGAUAAGAAGUCGCAUGCAUAG